AUGCAUCCCUUACAAGCACAGUUACAACCCUCACGGGGGCCCCCCCAGCAUCAGGGGCCCUCUGAGGAUCCCCUGGGGCCCCAGGGGCCCCCUAAGGAUCCUCUGGGGCCCGCUAAGACCCUCCAGGGGCCCCCUGAGGAUCCCCUAGGGCCCUCUAAGCGCCCCCAGAAGCCCCCUGAUGAUCCCCUGGGACUCUCUGAGGGGCCAAAGGGGCCCUCUGGGGGGCCCCAGGCGCCUCAGGGGCUCUCCGAGGGUUCCCAGGGGCCCCCAGUAGAUGCGCAGGGGCCCCCUGAGGCUUCUGAGUUGAAGGGGCCCCUUAGAGAGGGAGGUGGAUCUCAGGGGCCCCAGCAGCAGCACAUAAAGUUGCUGCAGAGGAUAAAAAGGGUAUCGGAUCUGAAUAAAGGAAGUCGGGGGCCCCCAGGACCCCAGGGGCCCCCAGGGGCCCCUGGGGCCCCCCGGAUGCCUGUGAAGACAACGAAGAGUUAUUGCCUGAGGGUAGAGCGGGUUGCUGCUAAGCUAAUGCGGUAUACAGACGAACUUAGGGGGCCCUCUAAGAAAGAAGCACAAAGAAGUUCGGCUGCAGGGGGGCCCCCUGAGGGCAAAGGGGCCCCUAAAGAGCAGGCAGGGCGGGGGCCCCAGAGGUGCUCUCGCAGGUUUCUGUCUGUAAACCGCAGUAUAAGAGUAAAUCAUUAUGAAGAGAGUGUAAAAGAAGAAAAAAAUAUCUUAGGGAAAUUCGUCAAACAUAAAAGCUCUGAAAGGGUUCCAAAAUACGUUAAAGCUGCUGCUGAAGAACCCCCCAAAAGUAAAUCUUCUUCCUUAGCCCCUCUCCCUGAGACAGAGCGGCAGCGUCUCCUUGCAAUUGUACUGCAGCAGCAGGAAAAGGCAGAGCUUGAGGACGGAAAGACAUCGGAGGAGGCAUGA